AAUUCGGUUUUACAUUAUAGGACAGUUCAUCUCACAACCAAUCGGUAGAAGGUCACCGCCGAUCACUACAUGGCAGGCGUCUCCAUCGCCGCAGAAUGGCAACUUCUCGGCGACAAGUACUACCGAAAACCAGAACUCUACCAAUUACGAUGGAAAAAUAUCGAUCUUGCUCGAAACAAGGUCGCCUGCGCCCCAUUCGGUGGUCCAAUUGCCGUCAUUCGAGACGAAUCCAAGAUCGUCCAGCUCUACGCCGAAUCCGCCCUUCGUAAACUCCGAAUAUUCAACUCCUGCGGCCGCCAAAUCUCCGAAACUGUCUGGAGAAACCCCGGCGGACGUUUGAUCGGAUUGUCGUGGACCGAGGAGCAAGUAUUAGUCUGUGUGACACAAGAUGGCACCGUUUAUAGGUAUGACAUCCACUGUAAGAUAAUUGAAUCAAAUGUUAGCAUGGGUACGGAGUGUUUCGAACACAGUGUGGUUGAGUGUGUGUUUUGGGGCAAUGGGGUUGUGUGUAUCAAUGAGGCUUUCCAGUUGUUCUGUAUUCCUGAUUUGAAAAACCCUAAACCCUGUAAGCUCGCUGAUACGGGGUUAGAGGAAUUCCCCCUUUGUAUGGCGGUGAUUGAGCCGCAGUAUACCAUGUCUGGGAAUGUGGAGGUUUUGCUCGGAGUUGGAGAUCAUGUGUUGUUGGUAGAGGAAGAUGGAGUUCAAACUGUAGGUGAUGGAUUAGGAACUCUGCAGAAGAUGGUUAUCUCACAUAAUGGCAAGUUAAUGGCGUCAUUCACUCACGAUGGUCAGCUUCUUGUGAUGCCCACUGACUUCUCAAGCAUCAUCUUUGAAUACAGUUGUGAGUCUACCCUAGCUCCAGAGCAACUUGUUUGGUGUGGAAUGGACAGUGUGUUGCUGUAUUGGGAUGAUAUGCUUCUGAUGGUGGGCCCAUAUGGAGAUCCAGUUCGCUAUCUUUAUGAUGAACCCAUUAUCCUUAUCCCAGAGUGUGAUGGAGCUAGGAUAUUGUCCAAUUUAAACAUGGAGUUUCUUCAACGGGUCCCAGCUUCUACUGAAUCUAUCUUCAAGAUUGGGAGCACAGAACCAGCAGCUUUAUUGUAUGAUGCUUUGGAUCAUUUUGACAGGAGGAGUGCAAAGGCUGAUGAAAAUUUGAGGCUGAUAAAAACAUCUUUGCCUGAGGCUGUUGAAGCUUGUGUAGAUGCUGCAGGACAUGAGUUUGAUCCUUCACUACAACAGACACUACUGAGAGCUGCAAGCUAUGGGCAAGCGUUUUGUAGCCAAUUUCAACGUGAGAGCAUUCAGGAGAUGAGUAAAACACUGCGUGUUCUAAAUGCUGUUAGAAGCCCAGAAACAGGGAUUCCACUAAGUAUACAUCAAUACAAGUUGCUUACACCAUCAGUUCUGAUUGGUCGAUUGGUUAAUGCCCACCAACAUCUCCUGGCACUCAGGAUAUCAGAUUACCUUGGAAUGAACCAAGAAGUGGUUAUCAUGCAUUGGGCUUGUUCAAAGCUUACAGUAUCAUCAUCAGUUCCUGAUGUUACUCUCCUUGAGAUUUUACUUGAUAAGUUAAAAUUGUGCAGAAGCAUUUCUUAUGCUGCAGUUGCUGCUCAUGCAGAUCAGACUGGCAGGAGGAAAUUAGCUGCUAUGCUUGUUGAACAUGAACCUCUCUCCUCAAAGCAGGUUCCUCUGUUACUAGGCAUUGGGGAAGAAGAUACAGCCUUGACUAAGGCAACUGAAAGCGGUGAUACUGAUCUUGUUUAUCUUGUUCUCUUUCAUAUAUGGCAGAAGAGACCAGCAUUGGAGUUAUUUGGAAUGAUACAAGCUAGACCUAUUGCACGUGAUCUAUUCAUACGUUAUGCAAGGUGCUAUAAACAUGAGUUUCUCAAGGAUUUCUUUCUUUCUACUGGUCAACUUCAUGAUGUUGCCUACUUGUUGUGGAAAGAAUCAUGGGAAUUAGCAAAGAAUCCAAUGGCAAGUAGAGGAUCUCCACUUCAUACUCCACGUAUAAAACUCAUUGAAAAAGCUCAAAAUCUUUUUGCUGAAACUAAGGAGCAUGUUUUUGAGUCCAAGGCUGCUGAAGAACAUGCAAGAUUAUUACGGAUGCAGCAUGAGCUAGAAGUAAGCACAAAACAACCAAUAUUUGUUGAUUCAAGUAUCAGUGACACGAUUAGGACAUGCAUAGUAUUGGGCAAUCAUCGGGCUGCGCUCAGAGUCAAAACAGAAUUCAAGGUUUCAGAGAAAAGAUGGUAUUGGCUCAAAGUUUUUGCCUUGGCAACAAUCAGAGACUGGGAUGCCUUAGAAAAGUUUUCAAAGGAAAAAAGGCCUCCAGUUGGUUUUAGGCCAUUUGUGGAGGCAUGCAUUGAUGCUGAGGAAAAAGGUGAAGCUGUGAAGUACAUUUCUAAGCUUGCAGAUCCUCGUGAAAAAGCAGAGGCGUAUGCUCGAGUAGGCAUGGCAAAGGAAGCUGCAGAUGCUGCAUCACAGAGUAAAGAUGGGGAGUUGUUGGGGCGUCUGAGAAACACAUUACAAGAUUCAACAGCUUCAUCACUUUUUGAUACUCUCAGGGAUAGACUAUCAUUCCCAGCUGUGAAGUACAUUUCUAAGCUUGCAGAUCCUCGUGAAAAAGCAGAGGCGUAUGCUCGAAUAGGCAUGGGAAAGGAAGCUGCAGAUGCUGCAUCAUAG